AUGCCCGCUCCGUCCAACACCCUCCUCAUUGAGGGUUCUUUCGCCGAGCUCGCCGAGGAGUUCGCCCAGUACAUCGAUGCUCUCCGCACAGAGGGCAGCCUCCAGACCGAGAUCGCCCCGCUCCUAGAGCCGAUCCGCCAGCAAGAACAGUCUGAGGGCGAGCCCGACCUCAAGCAACACGAUGAGGUUCUGAAGAAGAUUGUCGCUGCGGCCUCCGUUCUGAACGGUGCCCCCGAGAAGGAAAUCACCUCUUCUUACAACCUCCUCGUGCACCUCGUUCACCAGGCCUCUAACCCCGAUGUUUUCCUUCCUCGCAUCUGCGCCUACCUGGCUAAGCCCAUCACCACCUCUCCCCAAUUCGGUCCUACUCUGGCCAUCUCUAUCCUCACCACCAUCUUCAACACUCUGUCCGCCGACGACUCCAGCCGUUACCACGUUCUCCUGGCCAUUGUUGCCGUCAUUCGCCAGUCUGGAUCCGGAUACGCUUUCGAGGCUCUGAAGCCCCAGCUCGCCAACCAGCUGCCCACAUGGCUGUCUGCUUGGGAGUUGGACGCCGAGGAGGCCCAGAAGCUCCACCUGGCUGUUGCCGAUGCUGCCACCGCUGCCGGUGACGACGACUUGGCCCAAUCCCACAUUGUGCAGGCUCUUCAGACCAUUCCCUCAGCCGAUGCCAGCAAGCCCGCUGCUCGCGAGCUGGGUGUGCGCGCUCUCGCCUCCGCUCUCCGCCGCCCCGCUGUUUUCGACUUCACCCCUCUGACUGCUUCUGAUGCCGUUCAGUCCCUCCGCACCAGCGACAGCGUUCUUUUCGAGCUGCUCGAGAUCUUCACCUCGGACACUCUCGAUGCCUACGAGGAGUUCAUUGCCGCCAACCCUGUUGCUUCCAUCUCUGGUGGCGUUCUCGCCGAGGCCGGUGAUGCCCUUCAGACCAAGAUGCGUCUGUUGACCCUGACUUCUCUCGCCGCUUCCACCCCCUCCCGCUCGCUUGCCUACUCCGCCAUUACCUCCGCUCUGCGUAUCCCUGACUCCGAUGUCGAGAAGUGGGUCAUUGACACCAUCCGUGCUGGUCUCGUCGAGGGCAAGCUCUCCCAGCUUCGCUCUGAGUUCCUGGUCCACCGUGCCACUUACCGUGUGUUCGGUGAGAAGCAGUGGGCUGAGGUUCAGGGUCGUCUGAUGGUCUGGCGCCGCUCCCUGGAGGGUGUCCUGACCGUUAUCCGAUCCGAGCGUGAGCGUUUCGUUCGUGAGGUCGCUACUGAGCAGGAGGCCAAGAACGGUGACAAGUCUCGCUCCGCUGACCGGCGGCGCAAUCAGCAGCCUCAGGCUUCGCAAGCACGCGAGGUGGAGGUUGCUGCUGAGUAA